UUAUGUGUUGGAUAUGUUCACUGUUAGUGUUUGUAAUUUCAGAGGACAUCGGAUUUUUCAAUACCCAUAAUUCAUAGUGAUUUUGCAAUGCGAGAUAAAAAUGUCAAUUCGAUGUAGUCAUUAAAUUGAUAUAUAUAUAUAUAUAUAUACGUUGCAGUGACAAUUUGAAUAAGUGUAUUAUACAUAAUGAUUACAUACGUACUUAUAAGCGCAACAUAAAACAACCUUUAGAAUGUAGUUUGACGGGGGAAAACUUAUUUCUACAAAAUGGCGACUUGUCCCGACUAUGGUUGUCAGCAUCUGAGGCAAACGUGAGAAGACCUAAGGGACGGACCAUCUAAAAUAUCCGGCGUGGAUUGUGGUAUUCGCAUAUUUGCGUCAGAGAGAAACAAGCCGCACUUCGCAUUGAGCUCAAUUUGGUUUUAAACGUGAAUGUUUUAUCAUUGUACAUCGGAGACAUCCUGCGUUAUUUAAGGUCACCCUAGAGUUGUCGAGUAGUCUUAAUUUAGGAUUAAAGCCAUUUACCACAUGACUUAUGGUAGCAUGAGCAUUAUUGUCUCUCAUGUGAAUGUCACUGAAAAGUUUUCGUCGGAUUAUGACAAUUCAACAUAUGCUUAUGAGAAGAUGGGAAACUAUGUCACAGGCGUACCCGAGGCGCCAGCGUUACAGACGUUUGCGACUAAUUAUAGACCUAUUCACGGAUACCUAGCUGUAAUUGUAUGCGCGUUAGGUGUUUUGGCAAAUGUUCUGAAUAUUAUUGUCCUCACCAGGAAAAAUAUGAUAUCAUCGACGAACAUUAUUCUGACCGGACUGGCCAUAUCUGACGGACUAACGAUGGCUUUCUGCUUCCCUUUCGCUCUUCAGACGUAUGUAUUAUACGGACCAACAUCUUCAGUCGAACGCGAUACGCUUUCAAACGCUCGCUACACACUGACGUACGCUAUUGUCAGCGUUAUUCUUCAUUCAAUUUCAAUAUGGCUGACCGUCACACUGGCCGUGUUCCGGUAUGUGUUUAUACGAUUCCCGCGUAUUGGGGCAUACUACUGCAAUAUAAAAAGGGCAAAAGCCGCCGUAGUAAUCGUUUCUAUUGUCGUAACGGUCGUGUGUAUCCCAAACUCAAUAUCAUACGAAUUCCGAAGCGAAUUAAGAAACGAAUCAAACACGUCACAAACGGAAGGCGUAGUUUGGUUUAUCGAUGUGCGAAAUGGAACACAUGGGGAUAUUGUAUUGGCGAAAUUUAAUUUCUGGAUACAGGCAGUAAUUGUGAAACUUCUGCCAUGUUUUCUGCUAACCGUGUUUAGCGUCCUGCUUGUUCGGACAAUGCAGGAUGUGGAGAAUCGUCGUAAAAAAAUGAUGACAAACAAUUCGGUUGCUGACGGUGAAACUCAUCCCAUCGGUUCAAGUACGACGUCAAAACGGUCACGACGGUCUCAAAGAACAACACGGAUGCUACUUAUUGUAGUUAUCUUGUUCCUUGUAACUGAAACACCACAAGGAAUAAUGAGCCUUCUCAACGGGCUAAUUGAAGACUUCUUUCAAAAUAUAUACACACCCCUUGGCGAUUUGUUAGAAAUUCUUACAUUGCUUAAUAACGGAAUAAACUUUGUACUUUACUGUUCUAUGAGCAAACAGUUCCGGGACACUUUUAUAUACAUUUUCUGUGGAUGUUUUCCGAAAGUGGUCGAGAGACGAAAGAUGCAUACUGUGACUACUACAAUGGUGACAGAAGGUUUAUAGUUUAUGAAAACUAUAUCAAUCGCUUACUUAUACAUCAUUUAUUGACACAUCAUGUUAUGUAUUAUGUAUUUGUAUGUUUGAAACUUUAAAAAUCAGUUUUAUAUCUGUUGUUGUUUUGAGGUUUCUAAAAAAAUAAAAUAAAUGUAAAUGUUGAUAAUUCAUUAAAAGUAUAAGUAUAUACAUGUGUGUAACUAUCAAAUAUUUGGUUUACAUAUUGUGUCAUCGUUUUAAAAAAUAUUAUAAAACUAUAUAAAUAUAUAUAUAAACAUGCUCUGUUUGUGUUGUUGCAGUGUAGUAUGUUGCUAUUUGUAUCAGUUGCAUUUAACGUUAAACAAUCAUUGUACAUACAUUCUAAUAAAUUAAGUGGGUAAAUAUGUAUAUGUGUCUGUAAAAGUUUUCAAAGCUUAUGCACGUUUUAUAUAUUAUAAAAUAAAAAUACCAUAUAGUAAAUUUUACCAGCUUUAUGUUGCAUACGUAUAGUCUCGUUCGACUUAGAUCUUAAAUUUUCCUGAAGCAUAUCUGACGUAAUCAAAAGAUCCUUACUGCAUGUGGAACAUAACGUUAUAGAUGCACAUAUUACGGACGAUUCUGCGUAAACAUACCGGCGAAGUAAAGAGAGUAAAUCAUGAGCUUAAAGUUGCUUUUAUAUAUUAUUUUUUACCUUAUGAGUGCAGUUCCUAGUUUGUGUAUGUUGUAUUCAUUCUUUUCUUGAAUAUGCCUAUAAACGUGCACACUUGUAAACAUAUGUGUAUUGUAUA